UGUGUGUGUGUGUGUGUGGAAUGUAAUUCAGUGCAUGUCAUAAACACAGACACGGUGUUCGGGGUUCCAGCUUUAAGAGCAGAGACAACGGAAGAGCUAAAGAUCAGCGAGACUAGAGAUUAAUAAUAAUAAUAAUAAUAAUAAUAAUAAAGAGAGAAAGAUGGAGGUUCAGAACAGAUGUCUGGCAGAUGAUUACUCCAGAUACCUGAAGUCGUUUGAGCUGUUUCUGGAGCGCUCGUCUGAACACCAGUGUAUGAGACACUUCAUCUGUAAUACACUUCCAGACCUCCUGACUACUGUUGGAGUAGGAAAAUCCUCUCUGAAUGUGAUGGGAGUGGGAAGUGGAGCAGGCGAGAUUGAUCUGGAAAUCCUCACCCAGCUGCACACUAAACAUCCUGAGGCCCGAGUGGAGAACGAUGUGGUGGAACCCAGCGGGGACAUGCUGUAUAAAUAUAAAGAUUUAGUAGUGAAGACGCCGGGCCUCGAUCACAUCACCUUCAGGUUUAAUAAGAUGACAGCGUCCGAGUUCGAGAGCGACUGGAAGCAGAGGAACACUGACCGGAAGCUGGACUUCAUCCACAUGAUUCAGAUGCUGUACUACGUGAACGAUCCCGAGGCGACGGUUUCCUUCUUCAGGAGCUUACUGCACAAAGACGGCAAACUCCUCAUCAUCCUGGUCUCAGGACAGAGCGGCUGGGGCAGGUUAUGGAGAACCUACCGAGCUCAGCUGUGCAAGAGCAACAUCAGUCAGUGCAUCACGAGCGGAGAGGUCAGAAACUUCCUGGACGCUAAAGGAAUCCCCUACCAGAGCCACACUCUCCCGUCUCAGAUGGACAUCACAGAGUGUUUCACAGCUGGAGAUGAGAAAGGAGAGCUGCUGCUGGACUUCCUGACCGAGGUCCUGGAGUUCAGUAAGAACUCUUCUCCGGAGCUGAAAGCCGGAGUGCUGGAGCUCCUCAAACACCCCGAGUGCAGCCGAGAGCUGGACGGCAGGAUUAUAUUCAACAACAACCUGGAGGCCUUAGUGCUCACCCCGUAGAGCUGAAACACCAGCUCACUCUCAGGAGGCGGAGGCUCUAACCGCGGGGGUGUGGUCACUUAAAGGCUGGGAUCAGGGAAUUGUUCAGGUUUUGUGCACAGAAAUUAAAUAAUAGAAUUUUUUAAAAAUAACAAUCUCUGAUUCAAAUAAAGAUGAAUCUUCAUCAUCA